CUAGGCUAGGAAGGAAGAAAGGAUAGGCCGCGACUCAGACUCGAUCCCGCGAGCACCUACCACCAACUCUCCUCUCCUCUCCGGCCGCCGCCUCCGCCUCCCGCUCCGGUCCGGCUAGCCUCCACCACUCUCCCCGCUACAUGGAAGCCGACGUGCCCAUUGCCACCACCACCCUCAGAAAUCUUAGUUGAUAAAGGUGCUUUGGAGCUGCCGACCCAGAGCACGUUUUGCUCAUUGACUGCUCGCAGCGACAUGGGCCUGAAGUCUUAAAAGUGUCAAGAGGAUUUUCCAUUGCUUCUUUUCCAUAGCUGUAACCUGUGAAAAUAAGCUGGGUUUUCUUUAAUAGUCACGGAGAUCGUUAAGAUGAAGAUUACACGAGGAGCAGCCCCAUUUCUUCUCUGCCUCUGUGCAGUGGUUUGCCUCAUGGCUCAGAUAGGGACUGCGAAUGUAGUUCUAAUGGGGAAUAACCUUACUUUUUCAUUUGACGAUGUUGAGGCAAACUUUGCUCCCGGAGUGAAAGGUUCAGGUGUUAAUGGCAUUGUUUAUACUGCUGAACCUUUGAAUGCCUGCGGUGCUUUAACAAACAAAGCAGUCAAGGGUCCGCCUUCUCCAUUUGCAUUGAUUAUUAGGGGUGGUUGCACAUUUGAUGAGAAAGUGAAGAAUGCACAGGAUGCUGGAUUCAAAGCUGCAAUUGUGUAUGACAAUGAAAAUAGUGGGGUUUUGGUUUCAAUGGCUGGAAGCUCAAGUGGUAUUCAGAUAUACGCCGUGUUCAUCUCGAAGGUCUCAGGGGAGGUUCUGAAGAAAUUUUCAGGCUCUACUGACGUAGAGGUGUGGAUAAUACCCACAUUUGAGAACUCCGCCUGGUCGAUCUUGGCAAUUUCGUUUAUAUCACUCCUUGCCAUGUCUGCUGUUUUGGCUACUUGUUUCUUUGUGAGAAGACAUCGAAUAAGGCGGGACCGGCCUAGAAAUCAAGAAACCCGAGAAUUCCAUGGAAUGAGCAGCCAUCUAGUAAAGGCAAUGCCAAGCCUUAUUUUCACAAAGGUGCAAGAGGACAAUUGUACGUCGUCAAUGUGUGCCAUUUGCUUGGAAGAUUACAGUGUCGGAGAAAACCUAAGAGUGCUGCCUUGCCGUCACAAGUUCCAUGCAGUUUGUGUGGACAUGUGGCUAACAUCUUGGAGAUCAUUCUGCCCCGUAUGCAAGCGAGAUGCAGGUGCUGGAAUAUCAGCCCCUCCUGCCUCAGAGACUACCCCACUGUUUUCUUCUGCAGUUCACUUACCGUCCCCGACAUCCUCAUUCCGAUCAAGUGUCGGAGCAUCCCCUCCCAGGCCAAUAAGCCGACGUCCUUCAUCGCAAUCCAUAUCUCGUGUCUACUCCGUUUCUGGCACCCCACACUCCUCCAACAACACCCAAAGGCCUUACAGAAACACAUCUGCCAUGAGUACAAGCAGAAGCGGUGCAGACCUCUCAAACUUGUCUUCUCCCCUCCUCCGCCCAUCACACCUCAGCUCCACACACUCCCUGGUUGGCAACCACCUGUCUCCACCGGUCAACAUAAGCUACAAUUCCGGCUAUGGAUCGCGCAGCCGGCAUCUCAGCUCAUCCUACAUCUCCAAUUCUGGAUACAGAUCUUCUGGCCACCACUCCCUAGUUGGCAACAAUCUGUCUCCACCGGUCAACAUAGGCUACGCGCCACCGCAUGCGUACCAUUCUGGCUACGGAUCGCCCAGCCCACAUCUCGGCUCAUCCUACAUCUCCAAUUCCGGGUAUGGGUCUUCAGGCCAGCACUACUUGGGUUCAUCCAGCCAGCAAUACCUGGGUUCGUCCAGCCAGCACCACCUGGGUUCGUCCAGCCAGCACCACCUGGGUUCGUCCAGCCAGCACCGGUCGUCUUACCUACGGCGCUGCGGUGAGUCGGGGCCCAGCCUGUCCACCAUGGCCCCUCAGUCACCGCAGUCCCAGCUGAACCACCUGGCGGGCGCAUCGUCGGGCCAGUCCUUGCGGCAGUCCUACCUGAGGCACUGCGGUGAUUCAGACGCAAGCCUGUCCGCCAUGGCGUCGUCGGGCCAGUCGCUGCCAGGGUGCUGAUAGUGCUCAGCAGAAGCUCGCUUCCUUCUCCCUCUGCAUGCAAGAGAUGCGUAACCUGUGAAUACAUACAUCGAGGCGUGUGACAUAGGUGUUUGCUUGUUCGAGAGAUAGGGGGAACUGAAUCUUGCAUAGGUUUUUGUUUUUGUUUCUUUUUCUUUUGCCGUUUUUGUGUUUCUAGUGGUUGUGUUAUUUGUACAUUAUUAUUUUUAUAAGUAUACAGCGGCAUGAGGAAACUAAGUGUUAUAUGAGACAGGAUAGAGAUGGUGGUUUUGAAGUUGUCGUGGUUAUUAUGGAAGUGGAAAUUAAUUGUAAAGCUGGUUUAGAUGCAUUAGUCCUGA